CACUGUUCUUACACGGCAAAAUUUAACAAAAAUAAACCUCCCAUUUUGCAUGGGACACCAUAGAUUCACCCUUCUCCCUAUAUAAAUCUAUCUUCCUCUCCCUUUCUCCAAUUAUUCAUUGUCACAUCUCACAACUCACAAACCCAUCUCUUUUUUUUAUUCUCUCUCUCUCUCUCUCUCUCUCUCUUCAUUUUCCUUGCUUACCCAUUGCCGGAUUCUUCUUCUCUACCGGGCCAUGGCAGUUGGGUUUCAGGCGAUCCGGUUCAUACUGUCUGGAUAAGAAUUCGUCUGGGUAAGUAGUGGAAUGUAGAGAGAGAACGAGUUGAAAGAAGAAAAGCCAACCAUGGAGUUUGAGAGAAGUAGAGAACUAUUGCUCCUCUGGUGUAGAAUCCGAAUCACUCGAGUAGCUCUCGUGGGUGGAAACCACACCGCUUCCAGGUUUUGUACUCGCUAAUUCCCCUGUUUUCCUCCCGAUUGUUAUAUUCAUUUGUCUCUGUUCUUUAUCAAAUUUUCGAAAAAUUUGCUGUUCUGGGUUUUCUGUUGAGAAACGAAAAAAGUUAAACUCGAUCAUUGAAUUCUCAAGCUCUGCUUUGGCUAAGCUACGGAUCGGAUCUCGCUGUUUUUCUUAAAAAGAAAAAAGAGAAACUGUUAUGGAAUUGGCUCCGGGGAGUGGUAGAGCCAAGGCCCAAAACAUGAGCAAGCAUGUCCAUGGUGGAGGAAUGGGGUUAGAUUCGAAUACCCUUUUGGUCAUUAAGCUUCCUGAUCCAAAGGUUUUGCGUGUAAUUUCUCGGUCAGUAUUUCUGGCUUUGCUUUUUGUUACAUUCCCAUGUAUUGGGUCCUUAAUGAGAGGGGAAUCAACUGGCUCUGGUUCCAGCCUCGAGACUAGCGUCUUUGAUUUUGAGCAAUUGGAUUUGCUUCUCCGUGAUUUGGCAGACGAGGGGCUACUAAUGAAGAAUGACAAGGCUUUGGUUGUUAGCCCCAUUGUUCCCAGUACGGUUCACAAGCUUAAAAACUUUGAUGCUAAUCAAAUGGACAUGGUAAUGGAUACGGCUUUGGAGGGCCAAAGCUCAUUCUCUGAAGAGCUGUUUGAUUUUGUCUACGCACCCAACUUAGCUGUAGACGUUGAGUUUGUGGAUCAUGUAGUGAAAAUUGGUGGGAUUUUGGCAUUCCCAUUAAGCAAUGAGAAAGCAAUCACUCUUAGGGAUAUGACCAAUUAUAAGAUCGCUUAUCUCAGGCGAUAUUCAUCCACCAUUGUAGCCAUGAGGAAAAUUGGCUCUACAGAAGCUUCAGCUUCGAGUUAUUCCCCAAAGAGACGGCUUUUCGAAUCGGCAACUAAGUCCAAGAAAACCGCAGCUUUACUAGAUUUGGAAGAAGUGUUGCUCGAGCCACCGAGAUGGCCUAUGAAAAACUUGAAGAACUACUCAAGGAAAAUCAAGUUCCUUCCCCAGUUGAUGGGAAAUUCUCUCGACGGUUUUAGGCGUCGAGUCUUUGUUAAUGCGGGGUUGCCUGAAGAUAAAAGGGAUGUAACUCAAUGGUUUCAUCAAGACUACCCAAAAAUGAAGCAAGAGUUUGAGGUUUACAACCUCGAUUUGGUGCCUGAAGAAGGCACUAUUAGUAGUGGUGGUGGAGUGAGUUUGCAAGAGAAUGAUGCCUCGGAUUGGCUGAAGAAGAAUGUGCGUGAAGAAGAGUAUGUUGUGAUGAAGGCAGAAGCAGAAGUGGUGGAGGAAAUGGUUAAAAGGAGAACAAUCCAUUUGGUGGACGAGUUGUUUUUGGAGUGCAACAAUCAAUGGUGGAAGGGAGAAAAUAAGAGUAAGAGGGCUUAUUGGGAAUGCUUGGAUUUGUAUGGCAGAGUUAAAGAUGAGGGAGUUGCUGUACACCAAUGGUGGGGUUGAGUGAGAGACAAACUUAUCGUUUUUAUCUAUUUGAUGUGUCGGUGAGAUGUGAAGGAACAACUAAAAAAGGGUACUAUUAAUAAAUAAGCAUUUUAAUGUUGGGUUUGUGUUAUGUCUUUAUGUUAGCUAAGCUUUCUAUGAAUGAAGGCUUUGGUAAAAUAAAAGUUUGUGUGUAUUUUGCAUGUAGUUUAUGGGAAUGCCACGUGGGAAGGCUGACUUAUGUAAUGUGUAUCCUCCUUUUGGCCCUUAAUUGUUUUAAAAUGAUAAUUUUAAUAAGAUAGUAUCUUCUUUG